CCUGUUUUGUACUCUCUCUCUCCGCCUCUUCUCUCUCUCUCUCUCUCUCUCUCUCUCUCAUGGUACCGUUUCUUGUUCAAAAGUUUCAUCGGCAGAAGCUGGAAGUAGUACCAUCAACCCUUAAUGAUGCCUUCCUCACCCACCUACUGUCACUCCUCGGUGUGAGACAACUGCGUUACGCUCAUGAUGAUCCUUGUACCACCUCUACGAACCCCACUUCAUCACUAUCACCAUCAUCUCAAUCAAUGGUUAGAUCAAUCUGUUCAUUGGUUUGUCAAUCUUACUACAGGCAAACCUAUGCGAGAUUAGUCCCUCCCAAGCUUAAUCUAUCGCUAGAUACUGCUGCAAUAACUGCAUUAACUCAGGAGCAAGCUAUCACGGUAGUAGCUUCUCUGGCCGAAGAGGCGGGGUCGAUGGUGGCGUUGAGUUUCUUCUACUGGGCGAUUGGGUAUGACAAAUUCAGGUAUUUUAUGCGAUUUUAUUUAGUUGUGGCGACGUCAUUUAUGAAUAAUGGCAAUUCCGAGAGGGCCCAAGAAGUGAUGCUGUGCAUUGUGAAGAAUUUUUCUGAAAUUGGGAGGUUAAAAGAGGCUGUUGGUAUGGUUAUUGAGAUGCAAAACCAGGGGUUGACUCCAACUACCCACAUGCUGAAUUGUGUUAUUGCAGUUGCCUGUGAAUCUGGAUUGAUCAACAUUGCAGAGAAUAUGUUUGAUGAAAUGUCUGUGAGAGGGGUGUUUCCUAAUUCUCGCAGUUAUAAGUUGAUGGUUAUUGCUUACUGUAAAAUUGGUAGUGUUCUGGAGGCAGAUAGGUGGUUGAGUACAAUGCUUGAGAGGGGUUUUCUUGUUGACAAUGCCACAUGUACUUUGAUCAUUAGUACAUUGUGUGAAAAGGGAUUUGUUAAUAGAGCAUUUGCACUUUUUGAGAAGAUGGUGGACAUGGGGUUGAAUCCAAAUGUUAUAAAUUUUACCUGUCUCAUUAAUGGAUUGUGCAAGCGGGCCAACAUUAAGCAAGCGUUUGAGGUCUUGGAGGAAAUGGUUAGGAAAGGUUGGAAACCAAAUGUGUUUACCCAUACAUCAUUGAUUGAUGGUCUCUGCAAGAAGGGAUGGACUGAUAAGGCCUUUAGACUGUUCCUUAAGCUUGUUCGGAGUGAUAGCUACAAGCCAAAUGUGCAAACCUACACGGCCAUGAUCAGUGGGUAUUGCAAAGAGGAAAAAUUAAAUAGAGCAGAGAUGCUGUUAGCAAGAAUGCAAGAACAAGGAUUGGUUCCUAACACAAAUACAUAUACUACUCUUAUUAAUGGGCACUGUAAAGUAGGCAAUUUUGUUCGAGCAUACGAGUUGAUGAAUAUAAUGGAUAAAGAAGGUUUUUUUCCUAAUAUUUGUACAUAUAACGCAAUCAUUGAUGGCCUCUGUAAGAAGGGAAGGCUUCAGGAGGCUUACAAACUUCUUGAUAGGGGCUUUCAAAGUGGACUGCAGGCUGAUAGGAUCACGUAUACUGUUCUAAUGAAUGAGCACUGCAAGCGGGCUGAUAUUAAGCAAGCCCUGGUUCUUUUCAACAAGAUGCUGAAAAUCAGUAUUGUACCUGACAUGCAUUCAUAUACGACAUUGAUUUCCGCCUUUUGUAGGCAAAAAAGAAUGAGAGAAAGUGAGGAAUUUUUUGAGGAAGCUAUCAUGCUUGGUUUGGUUCCGAGCAAGCAAACUUACACAUCCAUGAUAUGUGGAUAUUGUAGAGAUGGCAAUACGAGCUUGGCUGUGAAGUUCUUUCAUAGGAUGAGCGACCAUGGUUGCGUUCCUGACAGUAUAACUUAUGGUGCUCUGAUAAGUGGGCUUUGCAAGGAAUCCAAGUUGGAGGCGGCUCACAAGCUGUAUGACACCAUGAUGGACAAGGGGCUUUCUCCAUGUGAAGUUACUCGGCUGACAUUAGCUUAUGAGUAUUGCAUGAAGAAUGAAUCUUCCAGUGCCAUAGUUGUCUUGGAUAGGCUAGACAAAAGGCUGUGGAUCCGAACAGCUAAUACCUUGAUUAGGAAACUCUGUAGUGAGGGGAAAGUCGACAUGGCAGCACUGUUCUUUCAUAAGCUAUUAGAUAAAGAACAACGUGCUGAUCAUGUAACUUUAGCAGCAUUCAUGACUGCAUGCUAUGAGGAGAAUAAAUACGCACUUGUUUCUGAGUUGUCUGGACGGAUUUCCCAAGGGAUUGGUUAGGUAUCUUAUAAGUAUUGAUAAGUAAUUCUUCUGCUUUGAAUGGCUAAUUAAGCUGCUAAAAGGAUGUUGGGAGAAGAUACUUCUGAAGGAUUCUUUCAUUUUUCUUGAUCAGGAAGGUCCGGAUUGAGGGAAAAGUAGACACAGCAGCAUUAUUUCAUAGGUCAUUAGAUAAAAAUGACAUGCUGAUCAUGUAACCUCAGCAGCCUCCUUCACUGCAUGAUGUGAGAAGAACUUGUACACUACUUUCUGAAGAUUUCAAAAGGGAUAGAUUAGCUGCCUAAAUGUAUGAAUAAGAAAUUUCUUCUAUUUCGAAAUCUAAGUUGCUAAAGCUUGCUGGGAAAGGAGUUUUGAAGGUGCUUUCAUUUUCUUUCUUAUUAAUAACUGAUUUUUCAUCUCCAUUUAAAUGUUUCAUGGAUGUGCAAGCAGGCAUAGCCAUUAUUUGUGAGAUCAAUCAAAUGGCGAUGCAACAGUGUUGAAAACUUAGACUCUAUUUGCCCCA